UAUGACGGCAGUGGAGUGAGGGGCUGAGGCGUGUGUUUCACUGCUCGUUCCUCGUUGCAUGGUGAUGGCAGCAUCUAAGCCUGUCGAGCCCCAGGUUGGCAGCGGUCUUCCCCGUUGGCAGCUGGCACUCCUGCUGGGAGCCCCCGUUGUGCUAGGGGUCGGGGCUGUGUAUCUUUGGAACCGCAGUCGAUCGAAGGAGAAGCAAGGCAAACGCAAUGGGGCGAGGAAAACUCCCGAAGGUAGUGCCAGUCCCGUCCAGGGCCGAGCUCAGGUAGACGGUGCGGCAAACCGAGCCGGCAGAGAGCAGGAGGAUAUGAGCCCUCUUGACCGGGCCCAGGCUGCCAAGAACAAAGGCAACAAGUACUUCAAGGCCAGCAAGUUUGACCUAGCCAUUCAGUGCUACACAGAGGCCAUCAGCCUCUGCCCCAAAGACCAGAAGGGAGACCUGUCCACUUUCUACCAGAACAGAGCCGCCGCCUACGAGCAGCAGAUGAAGUGGGCGGAGGUGGUGCAGGAUUGCUCUCAGGCUGUGGAGCUGAAUCCACGCUACAUCAAGGCCCUGUUCCGCCGCGCCAAAGCAAACGAGAGGCUGGACAACAAGAAGGAGUGUCUUGAAGAUGUCACAGCAGUGUGCAUUCUGGAGGCCUUCCAGAACCAGCAGAGCAUGCUGCUGGCCGACAAGGUUUUGAAGCAGCUGGGGAAGGAGAAAGCCAAAGAGAAAUACAAGAACCGUGAGCCCUUAAUGCCGUCUCCCCAGUUCAUCAAGUCUUACUUCAGCUCUUUCACUGACGACAUCAUCUCCCAGCCCCUGCAAAAGGGUGAGAAGAAGGAUGAGGACAAGGACAAAGAGGGAGAAGCCUCCGAUGUCGCAGAGAGCUCUGGCUACCUGAAGGCCAAGCAGUACAUGGAGGAGGAGAACUACGACAAGAUCAUCAGCGAGUGCACCAAGGAGGUGGAGUCCCAGGGAAAGCACUUGGCCGAGGCUCUGCUGCUGCGUGCCACUUUCUACCUGCUGAUUGGCAACGCCGCUGCGGCCCAGCCUGACCUCGACCAGGUCAUUAACAUGGAGUCCGCCAAUGUCAAGCUGCGGGCCAACGCUCUAAUAAAGCGAGGCAGCAUGUACAUGCAGCAGCAGCAGCCCCAGCUGUCCACACAAGACUUCAACAUGGCCGCCGAGAUAGACCCACGCAACGCAGAUGUCUACCACCACCGGGGACAGCUGAAGAUCCUGCUGGACCAGGUGGAGGAGGCCGUGGCAGACUUUGACGAGUGCAUUCUCCUGAGACCUGACUCUGCCCUAGCUCAGGCACAGAAGUGCUUUGCUCUGUACAGACAGGCAUAUACGGGGAACAGUCCCUCCCAGGUACAGAGUGCAAUGGAAGGAUUUGAGGAUGUCAUUCAGAGGUUUCCCAGGUGUGCUGAGGGUUACGCUUUAUACGCACAGGCCUUGACAGACCAGCAGCAGUUUGGGAAGGCGGACGAGAUGUACGACAAGUGUAUUGAUCUGGAGCCAGAUAAUGCCACAACAUAUGUCCACAAAGGCCUUUUGCAGCUCCAGUGGAAACAGGAUCUAGAUAAGGGCCUGGAGCUGAUCAGUAAAGCUAUAGAGAUUGACAGCAAGUGUGAUUUUGCCUAUGAAACCAUGGGAACUAUUGAAGUCCAAAGAGGCAACCUGGACAAGGCUAUCGAUAUGUUCAACAAGGCCAUCAACCUGGCAAAGUCUGAGAUGGAGAUGGCCCACCUGUACUCACUGUGUGAUGCAGCCCAUGCUCAGACAGCGGUGGCCAAAAAGUACGGAUUGAAGCCCCCAACGUUGUGAAAGCCCCCCGCUGUCUUCCUGUCUCCUUCUGUCUGACUCUGAUCAUUCAUUAACGGCUACUGUUUGUUUUAUUUUAUUUUGCAAAGGAGGUGGCAUAAUGAUUUAAAAACAGAAUGUUCACUGAUAAUUAAGUUUACAUUGGUUUAAGAGAGAGCGUGCCUGAGUUUGUAGUUGCUGUUCACCGUCCGAUGGAGGCAGCCGAUAAGACAGGCCCCUUCUCUGUCUGUCAGAUUGAGGGAUGUAACAGUCUCCUACUUGUCUGCCUGUCAGAACCUACUAGAUCCCUUAACCUUUCAAAUAUAUAUGGUUUCCCGUGCCUCAUUGGCAACAUUUUUAUAAAGAAAAUGAGUGAGUAAAGGGCCAAUGGUGUGUGUGCAGUGUCCCCCCCCCCCCCCCCCCAUCAUUCUGUCCAAGUUCCUCUGGAGGCCAGAAUGAGUAGACCUAUCCUACACCAAUUAUUGGGUCAUUGAUAACACCCUCAGCUGUCAGAGCCUUACUGAGCAUCGUGUAUUAUAACACUAAAGCAAGCUUAGCACACACAUAAUCCGAAAAUUUUCCUGAAAUAGAAAUGUACUUGCUUUAUUUUGAAAAUAAUGUCAUCAGGUUGGGAAUUGAUGGAAUCCACUGUGGUGCUUAUGAUAGAGUGAUGAGUAAAGGAAAAAAAAAAAAAGUAAGACCACAUGAGUGACUCUGUAUGUUAAUCAGGAAUGUUCUGUAAUAUUGCAUUUGAGCAGAUGGGUCCACAGAGGCAAUGAUGAGUAGCUCCUAACUCCACGCCAUGCCAGGCAGUGUAGUUCUUCACUAAGCUUAUGCAGACAUGAUACAGAUCCAAGCAAAAACUGAACACAUUGUUUGAACUUGGACAAAAGAGUGGAUGUGGAAGUGGUUUAAAUGAUCUUUUCUACAUUUGUUACCAUUAUUAUUACUGUUCAGAUCUUUUCAGCUGUGCUGUCCAACUGCCCCCAUAUUCUUAUAAUAGUUGUGGAGUGGGAAAUGAUAAAUGCAAGAAUUUAGUGAAGAGAUGUGUGUUCACAGUUCAUUAUGUCAGUGUUUUUGUUUGGAUUUCUGGAGUUGGGCAACACAGUGUCUGGGAUUAUGGGGAACUUGUGAAGUUUUUGAUUGAUGCCAUACAUUUUUUUAU